AGCACUUGGCCGUGCGACUAUCCAAUUGCUCAUUCCCUCACCAUGGUUUUCUCUGGGACAUCCUCGUCAUGGCUGGCGUCAGCUCUGACUCUACUCUCCUUACUUUCUCUCCUCGUCCCAACUAAUGCCCUGCACUUCUACAUGGAGGGCCGGCAAACAAAGUGCUUCUUCGAGGACCUACCUAAGGAUACCUUAGUGGCCGGCCGCUACGAGACAGAAAUCGUCAACCCCCAGAGUGGCACCUACGGGAUUGACCAUAGCGUGAAGGUGCACAUCACCGUCGAUGAGACCUUCGACAACGACCACCGCGUUGUUUCCAAGCGGGACAGCCACUCUGGUCGAUUCCACUUCUCCGCCGCGGAUGCCGGCCAGCACAAGAUUUGCUUCACACCUGAGACGGAUGCCACAUCCGGCUGGAUGUCUAACUCUCUGGGCGCCGUCAAGCUCACCGUUGACAUUGCCAUUGGUGAGACUAGCAAGAUUGAGACCGAGGACAAGGACAAGAUGAAGGAUAUUGUGCAGCGGGUCAAGGAUCUGAACAGCCGGUUGCACGAUAUCCGUCGUGAGCAGGUAUACCAGCGGGAACGUGAGUCUGAAUUCCGUGACCAGUCUGAGACCACCAACUCGCGUGUCGUGCGCUGGACUCUUAUUCAGCUUGCCAUUUUGUCCGCCGCAUGCGCCUGGCAGCUCUCUCACCUGCGGUCAUUCUUCAUCAAGCAGAAGUUGACUUAGAUGCCCUGUUG